AUGACAUCCCCAGGUUCUCGUCCUUCGCAAUUGGAUCCGUGGCUCAUUGCUUCUGUUCUUAUCCUCUGCACUGUUGCUGUCAUCUUCAGUUAUUACAAGAUACUGAAGCGGUUUUGGUAUGCAUUUCGCUAUGGAAGAUCAAAUCCAAAUCACAGACGUACCCUUCUGAACGAGACCAACGCAGAUGAUGCAUCUCUACUGUAUCAAAGCCAGGGACUAGAUUUCGCUGUUAUUCGGUCUCUUCCCAUAACUCAGUUCAAGAAGAAAAGUGAAGCAGAAGAUGCAGAAGACAACCAAAGCAACACAGACUGUCCAGUAUGCUUGGGUGAAUUUGAAGAAGAGGAAUGGCUAAGACAUCUGCCCAAAUGCAAUCAUGCAUUCCACAUAUCUUGCAUUGAUACAUGGUUUGUGGCUCACUCAAAUUGCCCCUUAUGCAGAUCAGAGGUCUAUGAUUUCCACCAGGAUUGUCCUAUUCCUAUGUACACUCUAUUAGAGAGUGUCAGAGAAAGCGUUAUUCAAGAAAGAGCAUUACACUACCAAAUGCUGCGUUCUGCCAUCUUGGAGAACCAAAGCAAUGAAGCCAGAUACGACAAUCACAAUGUGUAG